GCAACUUCUACACAAUACACAUCAGAGAAGAACCAUUCAAACAAGCUACUUAUCUACAGUCCACUUGGUAUAAUCCCACUGUAAUAUUCAUCAUACAAAACUAGCUUAUGCAAGACUCAGCUAGAGAAAUCACAAGAAGUCACUGCAAGUAAUAUAAAUUGGAAGUAGAAAAACAGACUUUCCUUCAAAAUCUACCAGAAAGAUUUCGGUUGAAUUCUACCUUGCAACUCUUGACAAACGGAAAUGGGCAAAAAGAGAACUGUUCUGAAAGUGAACGUCAGCAGCAAGAAGAGUCAGAAAGAAAUACUUAGUGCAGUGGCCAAAAUUGAAGGUGUAGAGAAACUGGAAAUGGAUGGCAACAAGGGUAUCCUUACAGUUAUAGGGGAGGUUGAGCCAGUGCCAAUCUUUAAGGCGCUUAAGAAGAUCGGACAGACCCCAGAGAUCGUAAGUGUGGGUCCACCAAAACCGCAAAGAUGUGGUCCCUACUGCUACUGUGGUUCAUGUCAGAAGUACAGCGAUCAGCAACAGAGGCAGUGGUCCAACCCUCCGUGCUCGUCACCCUGCAAUAAAUCCUGGUGCAAGCAGUGUGAGCUUGUUGCUGUAGUAGGGUACCCUCCUUACUCUGGCUAUGAUCCAGGGAUGUGCUCCAUACUCUGAGACCCUCAGAUGCUUAUAUCAUGACCUUCAGUAUGCUGGCUUUGCAUUAUGGUCACAUAACUGAGUUGGAUAUCUCUUCCCAAUUUCAUGUAUAAAACUGAGUGAUUCUUCUUUUUCUUGCUUCUUUCAUCUGAAAAGUAUGGUCUGGUAGUAGAGUGCACAUAUUUUUAUAUACAUUUAGAAAUGUCCUAGAAACAUACAGAAAAUUCAUAUAUGACAAAUUGUAUCUUCAUGUUU